GACACGCGUGAUGAUCGCGCGCAGAUGGGUGGGGGGCGUGUGGAAACUGAUCCGCCACAGCGCGCACAGUCUAAAACAGACUCUUUAACGUACUGGGAAACCGGAGAGACACGGAAACGCCCCACACUUACUCCCCCUGACAGUCUCCACAUCUCUGGAGAAACAUCUGAACUAAUUCAACAGGGCAAAGGCAGAAGUAGCUGGAGAGACCAAAAGCAUCUGUGUUUUGUUUGUGGAAGUAGCGGCGCUCAUGGCGGCAGCUCGGCUGCUUUAGGAGGGUCACUUCAGUGAAUUUUAGUGGGAGAAACUCGUCUGUUGGAUGUCAGUCAGAAGAAUAAUGGAUGCGCUCAGAUUGUCCGCUGCUCUUCUUCUACUUCUGUCUUUAUUCAACUGUGGAAGCGCUAUACAGUUUCCCGACUCCCAUCUGACCUGGAAAUGGGCGAUGCAGAUGCAGGAGGAGCUAGUGCAGUUGAUGGAUGCUGAGACUGGCAUACAAAAGCUUCAAAAAAUUUUCCUGCAAUUUCAUAGACACUAUGAUGUCAAGCAAAACAACCCUACACAGCUGGUGGCAAAAGCUGCACGUGAAAUCGAGAACCUUCUUGCCAACCGUUCCAAAGCUCUAGAGGCGCUGGUGAUGGCUGCAGAGAACCUGCAGAAGGAGCACCAGUGGAAGGAUGAUCUUGAUGUGAAUGAGACUAUCUACUACAAUGCCAAGGACAAGUUUGACAUUAAUGACACGGAAACGCACCAGAACCGUGUCAAAGUAGAAUUCAAAGAGGAUCCAGUUUUCAAACGCCCUGUUUCAUACAACACAACAGCAGUGCACAUUCCUACUGAUAUCUACGAGGGCUCCACUAUAAUCCUGAAUGAGCUAAACUGGACUGCGGCUCUAGAUGAAGUCUUCAAGAAGAACUGGGAGAAUGACCCGUCCCUCCUCUGGCAGGUGUUUGGCAGUGCAACUGGCCUGGCUCGAUACUUCCCAGCUUCCCCUUGGGUUGACACAAGGAGCACACCAAAUAAGAUUGACCUGUAUGAUGUACGCCGAAGGCCCUGGUAUAUCCAAGGUGCAGCGUCACCUAAAGACAUGUUGAUCCUGGUGGAUGCGAGUGGAAGUGUGUCAGGUCUGACACUGAAGCUCAUUCGCACUUCCGUCAGUGAGAUGCUGGAGACUCUCUCCGAUGAUGAUUACGUCAACAUUGUCUCUUUCAACAAUUCGGCCAAGUCGGUUGCCUGUUUUGAAAACCUGGUCCAAGCAAAUGUCCGCAAUAAAAAGAUUCUGAAGGAGGCGGUACAGAAGAUCACAGCGAAUGGCACCACUGACUAUAAAAUUGGCUUCAAGGAGGCUUUUAACCAGCUCUCCUCAAUGAAUGUUACAAGAGCAAACUGUAACAAGAUUAUCAUGCUAUUCACUGACGGAGGAGAGGACAGAGCUUCAGAGAUCUUUGAAGAGUACAACCCUGACAAGAAUGUUCGAAUCUUCACCUUUUCUGUGGGCCAGCAUAACUAUGAUAAGACACCAAUUCAAUGGAUGGCUUGCAAUAACAAAGGUUAUUAUUAUGAGAUCCCCUCUAUUGGAGCCAUCAGGAUCAACACCCAGGAGUACCUGGAUGUGUUGGGUAGGCCCAUGGUGAAAGAAGACAAGAAAGCAAAAAAUGUGCAAUGGACCAACGUUUACGUGGACGCUCUAGAAUUGGGUCUUGUGAUUACAGGCACUCUGCCAGUGUUCAAUAAGACCAGCACCAGGAAGAGUCAAGACAAGAAUAAGAACCAGAGCCAGUUAAUUUUAGGGGUGAUGGCCAUAGACGUGUCUCUGGGUGACAUCAAGAGACUGACUCCACAUUACACUCUCGGACCAAAUGGAUAUUACUUCGCCAUCGACCCCAACGGCUACGUGCUGCUUCAUCCCAACCUUCAACCAAAGGAUCUCAAGCCUCAGGAACCCAUGACAUUGGACUUCUUGGAUGCAGAACUAGAGGAUGAAGAGAAAGUGGAGAUCAGAAGAAGUAUGAUAGAUGGUCAGAAGGAUCAAAAGAGAUUCCAAACACUUUUGAAGUCUCAAGAUGAGCGCUACAUAGACAGAGGCAUCAGAACCUACACUUGGGGUCCAGUCCAUGACACAGACUACAGUCUUGCUUUAGUUCUACCUGAUUACAGUGUCAGCUACAUCAAGGCCACUAUACUAGACACCAUCACUCAGGCCAAAUUUUCUGAAAGCCUGCAGGUGGACAAAUUUGAAGAGUAUGGAUAUACUUUAAUAGCACCCAGAGAUUACUGCACAGACCUGAAAGCUCAGAGUAACAACAUCACACAAUUUCUCAUCGACUUCAAUGAAUACAUAGACAGAAAGACCCCCAACAACCCGCUGUGUAAUAUGGAGCUAAUAAACAGACUGCUGCUGGACGCUGGCAUCACCGCUGAACUGGCCAAAUACUGGAGCGAACAGGGACUGAAUGAGAGAAUCAAGGCUAAGUUUGUGGCGACAGACGGUGGUGUCACUAGAGUCUAUCCUGCGAGUUUCUACAAGAGAAGUCUGGACAACGAUGUUUAUAUAUUUACAUCAGCACCAAAUGCAAACAAUGAAACUCAAGAUUCGGUUUUAGUGAGCAGAGCGAUGGACCUGCGAGUUGAUGAAUUCAUGCUGAAGCCAGCAGUGGUUGGAGUAAAACUGGAUGUACUGACUUGGAUGGAAAGCUUCAUCAAUGCUACGAUUACGCCCAAUUGUGUUGGUGAAAUCUGUGGGUGCAGGAGGAGCGAUGUCAAUCUGGACUGCUUUCUUCUGGACGAUGGAGGCUUCCUUGUCAUGACCAAUAAGGAACUCUCAAUGAUCGGACAGUUUUUCGGUAUGAUUGACCCCACCCUAAUGAGAAAUCUGAUAAAUGAAUCCCUGUUCUCAGUCAAAAUAACCUACAACUACCAGGCCCUCUGUGAACCCACCACAGAAUCUAAAGCUGCCGCUGGUCUCAGAUCAGUCUACGUGCCCACCAUAGCUGACAUCCUGAACAUUGGUUGGUGGGCUUCUGCAGCAGCCUGGUCGAUAUUGCAGCAGUUGUUUGUCAGCAUCACAUUUCCUAAUUUCCUUGAGGCAGUGGACCUAGAUGAGGACCUGUCUGAAAAACCAUCUAAAGAGAGUUGCAUCAAAGAGCAGAAACAGUAUUUCUUUGGGAACAAUGAGACAACUUUUAAGGGGACUGUGGAUUGUCAGAACUGCUCCAGGCAGUUCAUAGCUGAAAAGCUUCCGAAGACAAAUCUGGUGCUUAUUGUUGCAGACCCGCUAAUUCAUUGCCAUACUAGUGAAAAAGGUUUCUCCCAGGAAGAAAAGCCUUCUCCAGGUCCAGAUCCCUGCAAGAUAGCCCAGAACCCACGCUAUCGGAAAGGUCCGACACAGUGCUUUGACAACAAUGCAAGUGAACAGAACGAGGAUUGCGGUGGAGCGUCGGGUCUGAGUCCAUCAAUCGUGUCCAUGGUCAUUCUGCAGCUGCCGCUGCUCUGGCUUCUGAUUGGACGAGGACACUGCCUCUCGUGACCUCAGCAUGGAGAUGCCACACCCCCUCAACGAUGCCAAAACGUACCAGAUCCAGCUGCACAUUUGAUCGUUCAUCUGGACUCCCACGCUACAGCCCAGCACAUGGAGGGAGAGGCUCUGACCCAGGAAGUACAAAACCCAAGCCGCGAUCACUCACAGCAUUUAAGGUCAAAGUAGGUCGGAGAUGAUAUAUGAGCAACGACCUUUGACAUUUGACCUGUGAGGUCAGACUCUCUCCACAUGAGUGACGGGGUGGGCAGACCUUGACACUUCAUCGUCACUUCGCUAUGAAGAUACGUCCUGUCUUUAAAACGAAAAAAAAAAAGAUCCAGUCACAACACUGCCAACCAAAGUUUCACCCUUUACCGGUGUGAUGCCUUCAACAUAUUUACACGGCUAAUUUCUCAGUAUUACAAACUGUUUAUAUGUGACUUUUAUGGCCUCGUCACAUCACAUCUUUAAUGGACCCCUCCGGGUCGGGUCAAAAUUCAGCCUUGUUUGUGGUCUGCAGCUCAUUACUGAAAAAAAAGGACAAAUGAGCUUGUGACCCAAUGCAAAAGUCUCUUGUUUUUCCCAGUGGUCUCCUCCACCUCUGUGCCUCGGGAAUAUCGGUUUCAUUUCUGACCGCUGUUUCGAGUGAACAAUCCCUCCCUCCAUUAGUCCACGGGUGCCCGUAUUUGCUAUCACACGGUGAUUUUUAUCUGCCCAUAGUGCAUUUCAAACAUGCACUGCUGCCAAACGUUACCCUGUGUGUUGUCUUGCUGUACUUUGCACUUGAUGCCAAGCAGGUCGUGUGGCCAAACAGCCCUUUGGUUCUUAUUUAGGGCUUUUUAAAUGACAGCCGAUUCACAAAAGCUCGCAAAUUUAUGCGUCCUGGCUGUGAAUAUGAAGAGAAAACCCCGCUGUUGCAUGUGUGUGUUUUUUUUCUUUUUUGGUGCAUUACCGGUUUAUUUUAGAUUAAGUUAUUUUAAAUGAGCAAAGAGUUUUCUGCUGUAUGUUUAAUGUCGAGUUUUAUGUGCUAUAUUUAAUGUAUGUGUGUGGAUAUGCAGAUGUUAAAGGGUGAAAGGCGUUUAUGACAUAGUUGCUCUUUCCCACACUUUAAUAUCAUCUGGAGAACUCAAAAAGGUGGGAAGAAAAUGAUCUAAUGUUUACAGAUAUUUUGAGACACUCAAGAGUUUUUAUAAGAAAUGUUGCCCCUGGUUGUGCUGACUUUCGGGUGUACGAGUCUCUGGUGUGUCAUUUUUCACUUUAAUGUCAGAGGCAGAGCUCUGUCAGCCUUUCUUUCCUGUCAAUGUGCCUUGAUGUGAAUGGAUUCAGAUAAAAAUAAGUGAAUGAAUAUCACAAUGUGCAAUCUGACCCUGAUCACUCUGCAGAAAAAUGCAAAAUAUCAUCAUUCUGAUCUGACCAAAAUGAACCUUCUGUCUCUUUAAGAGAUCCUGACUGGAUCUUUGUGCCUCAGUGAAAUCUGGGCCAUUUAUGAAAUAAUUAAGACUUUGAGAAGAGACAAGAAUAAUUACGGAAGCUCUGAACUACUCACAAAAUGAAUGCGUUU